AGUUAAGACUUGUCCUGAUAUUUAUCACACUUAGCUGAUCCCUUGUCCAUAGAUUUACCUGUUAGGACUCUACCACUUUACUUUUUUUAUAUUGAUUCAUCGGUGUUACCAUCAAUCGUUUUUUUUUACAACGUAGCUAAACACCCACCCUUUUAUUUUGCCCCACCCACAUUGUCCCUUACGUUCAUUUUUAUCACUUGAACCCGACAAUACAUCAACAAAAGUUGUCCAAUACGUCCAUUCCUUACUUUUUAUAUCGUUAUUUGUUUGAUUUUAUUUUAUAUAAGUAAUGACUGAAGCUGAACCUCCACAUUCUACUACCCCUCAAGUGGAAGAAACUGCAAACCAAGAACAGCAAGUUCAAAAUGUUGAUCAACCACAACAACAACAGCAAUUAGACGAACAGCAGGAAAAUCAAACUCCAUCAAAACCAGACACUAAAGAGACUACACCAAUAACUCCAGCUUCGGCUGUUGAAGGUGGUCGUGAAGUAUCUAACAAGAUUUUGUAUGUUGGGAAUUUAUCCAAAUCAAUUUCCGAAGAAUUCUUAAAGGAUACUUUUGCCAGUGCCGGUGCAAUCCAAUCUGUUAAGAUUUUGAAUGACAAGAACAAGCCAGGAUUCAAUUAUGCUUUUAUUGAAUAUGAGAAUAACCAAGCUGCCGAUAUGGCCUUGAAUACUAUGAAUGGUAAGAUUCUUCAAAACUUUGAAAUUAAGAUCAAUUGGGCAUUCCAAUCUGCCACCAUUACUACUGCAAAUACUCCAGAAGACCCAAGUUUCAAUAUUUUUGUGGGAGAUUUAAGUCCUGAAAUAAAUGAUGAAAAAUUGAAACAAGCAUUCUCCAAAUUUAAAUCUUUGAAGCAAGCUCAUGUUAUGUGGGACAUGCAAACUUCAAGAUCUAGAGGAUAUGGAUUUGUUACAUUUUCCAAUCAAUCCGAUGCAGAAUUAGCUUUGCAAACCAUGAAUGGAGAAUGGCUUAAUGGCAGAGCAAUUAGAUGUAAUUGGGCUUCUCAUAAACAAUUGAAUAAUCAAAAUCAAGGAUACAGAAAUCUUAACAGCAACCAUAAUAAUCGUCAUAAUCAUCAUAAUAACCACCAUAACAACAAUAAUAAUCACAAUACUAAAUUCAGACCAUUUAACAAUAACAAUAAUGGUAAUACUAAUGGACAUGUGUUCCCUCAACAAUUAAUUAACCCUGGUUUUAAUAAUAACAAUCAAUUUGCUCCUCAGGUUUUACCAGGAGGAUUACAAGAUAAUGGUAAUAACAAUGUUAAGAAUAAUGGUCAACAAGGCGCAACUGGUGGUAACUCUGGAAACAUACCAGCCAUGUCUCCACAAUCAUAUGACAUUGUAUUGAGACAAACUCCAUCAUGGCAAACCACAGUUUAUUUGGGAAAUAUUGCCCAUUUCACCCAACAAGGAGAUUUAAUUCCAUUAUUGACUAAUUUUGGAUACAUAGUUGAUUUCAAGUUCCAUCCAGAACGUGGAUGUGCAUUUGUUAAAUAUGAUAAUCACGAAAGAGCAGCAUUAGCAAUUGUUCAAUUGGCAGGCUUCAAUAUUAAUGGUAGACCAUUGAAAUGUGGCUGGGGUAAAGACAGACCACCUCCACCUCCACCGGGACCUAUGGGAGGGCAUCAAUUCCAAAGCUUUCCUCGUGGUGUAGUUCCACCGGGUCCUCCACCACCAGGUCCACCACAUCCACAAAUGUAUGGACAAGGAAGACCUUAAAUAUAGACCUAAUGCCAUGCUCGGCCAUAAUUUAGAUCAUACCUUGUAGUUUGGACAAAGUCACCAAUUACCCUUUUGUUUAUUUAUGCUUUUUUUGUUUGUUUGUUUUUAGUUAGAGCAUUUAUACUCUUAAUAUAUUUUGUU